CUGUUCGGCGUCUCCCGGAUUUCGGAGCGUGGGGAGUGGCUUUAGGCGGGGGAAGCCGCUGGGCAGGGCUCUGGUCCUUCCUCGCCUGUGGGCAGAGGCGUGUUGGCGCGGUUGGGGAAUCAUUUCGAAUCCGACCCCAGACGCGGACGCGUUAUGGAGCCAGAGAAGGACGGGACCGGGGGGCAUCCCAGAAAGGACAGGAAGAGGAAACGGGCCCCGAACAAGCAGAUCGGGGCGUCUGAGGCGAUGAGAGCCCGUUGGGAUCUCGAGGAGGAGAGGCAGCCCGAGGCCAAGAAGCCUCGCUUAUCUACUGUUUUACUUGCUGAAAACUGUGAAGUAACCCAUGGCCAGCUAUGUGAAUUGCUAAAAUAUGCAGUUCUGGGCAAAUCCUGUGUUUCUAAACCCAGAUGGUGCCAGCUUUUUCACCAAAACCGCCUGAAAAAUGUGGUGGUUUUUGUUCUUCAGGGAAUGAGUCAGCUACACUUUUACAGGUUCUAUUUGGAGUUGCGAUUUCUCCGAAAGGCGUUCAGACAUAAAUUCCGCUUGCCACCUCCAUCAUCUAAUUUUCUAGCUGAUAUCAUUGGACUGAAAAAGAAAGAACCCACUGGAGAUCUACCCAAGACACUGGAAGAAUCUUUACCUUCUGCCAUUUCAAAAGCCAGCAUCAACCUGCAGAAUGACCCUAUCGUUCGAAAAUACGGUCUUAAGAAAGUGAGCUUGAUCAGAUGCCUUCUGACAAAGGAAGAAAUGAAAACAUUCAGCUUUCCAUUACAAGGUUUUCCUGACUGUGAAAAUUUUGUACCUACCAAAUGUGAUGGUUCUGUAACAGAGAAUAGUCCUCUCUUUGGUCUUGACUGUGAGAUGUGCCUCACUUCCAAGGGGAGAGAACUAACACGGGUCUCACUGGUUGCUGAAGGAGGCGCCUGUCUUAUGGAUGAACUGGUCAAACCAGACAACAAAAUUCUGGACUAUCUCACCAGGUUUUCAGGAAUUACGAAAAAGAUUCUUAACCCAGUGACAACCAAACUCAAGGAUGUACAGAGGCAGUUGAAAGCACUGCUUCCUCCUGAUGCCGUAUUAGUGGGCCACUCUUUAGACUUGGAUCUCAGAGCACUGAAAAUGAUACAUCCAUAUGUUAUUGAUACAUCAUUGCUUUAUAUCAGAGAGCAGGGCAGAAGAUUUAAACUAAAGUUCUUAGCCAAAGCUAUUUUGGGGAAGGAUAUACAAUGCCCAAACAAGCUUGGUCAUGAUGCUACAGAAGAUGCUAGAACAACCCUUGAAUUGGCUCAGUAUUUCCUUAAGUACGGCCCAAAGAAGAUUGCGGAACUCAAUCUGCAUGCACUUGUUCAUCACCAAGAACUGCAAGCAGCCAGCCAAGAGCCAAGAAAUACACCAGGAGUCAUUCAGCACUCAAACACAAGUGUUAUAGAAUGCUUGGACUCAUUGGGUCAGAAACUCCUCUUUUUGUCCCAGGACACAGAUGCUAGUGAUCUUUUUUCUAAAAACUGUAAAACUAUUAAGUGCCUUUCAAAUAAACAGGUUCUUGAGCAGGCUAGAGUGGAAAUCCCCCAGUUUCCCUUCAGCAUUGUUGAGUUCUCGUUUGAGCCCUUUGCACCCAUGCUCACUGAAGAGAUGAACAAAAGGAUGAGGCUUAAGUGGACACAGAUGUCAACUGUCUAUGCUGGGCCAUUUAGCAAAAAUUGCAAUCUCAGGGCUUUGAAAAGGCUGUUUAAGAGCUUUGGUCCAGUCCGGUCAAUUACUCUUAUUCUUGAAACUCAUCAGCCUCAUCUCUGUGUUCAAUAUGAAGUUCUGGAAGCUGCCCAGCUGGCCAUAGAGUCCUUGGAUGGCAUCCUGGUGGAAGGCAUUUGCAUCAAGGUGCAGAGGCCUGUGACUGAGCUCACCCUUGAUGGUGACACCCUUGUGAAUGAGCUGGAACUAGAUUCUGAGAACCGAGGUACUAUUUACCUGUCUGGAGUGAAUGAAAACUUCAAAGACUGCUUGUUGCAGCAGUCCAGCCUCUUCCUUGGCUUGGAAGCUGUGAUCUUGCCUAAAGACCUUAAAAGUGGAAUGCCGAAAAAAUACUGUUUCCUGAAAUUCAAAACUUUUGGCAGUGCCCAAAGGGCCCUUACCAUUCUCAAAGGCAAGGAGUGGAAGCUGAAAGGCAGGCAUGCCCUUACCCCUAGGCACCUCCACACAUGGCUCAGGGGCUUACCGCCUGAAUCAAGAAGCCCUCCAGGACUCCAUGUCAUACCUUCCCCAUCAGAACAGCAGUCCUUGCAGACUCUGAAGGUGGACCACCCGAAGGUAGCAGCCUGGCGCUGGGGCCGGAAGAUUGAGAAGCUGUACCGCAGCCUGUGUCCUGGGACCCUCUGCCUCAUCCUGCUGCCGGGAACCCAGAGCAUUCAUGGAGCACUCUCUGGCUUGGGACUAGUGGGAAUAAAAGAUGAAGAGGAAAGCACCAUUCCAAACAUGUGCUUCUGAGCUCCAAAGCUCUGAGAGCUUACUUGCUCUUUACCUCUGGAUGCUCCAGUCUUCAAGGAUAAGUAAGUCCCUCCCUUGGAUACCGACAGGCCUGGUUUGGAGCUUCGGGUUCUGCUUCUGAAUGUUUUUAGGUGAGUUACUUAACCUCAACCUCAUUUGGGCCCAUUUCCACAGCUGUAUAAACUGAGUAUAUAUCUACUUUUAAGGAUAACUGUGGAACUACAAAGAUCCCACUUGUGGGCUACGUAUGAAUUAGUUUCCCUUUCUGUGCCUCAGUUUCCUCAUCUUUAAUAGGGAAAUGAGUCCUACAUUAUAAAACUUGUUACGAGAACUAAAUUGGGGGAAAGCCUAGAUUAAGUGCUCAGUAAACGACAGUAUUUUACUAAGGAUCACCGCUGGCAUGCAGGAAGAGCAGAUUAGGGUGCCCUAUACCAGAAGCAUACCCUUUGCUCGCAAGAAGAGCUAAGGUCAUUUCCUUUUCUCAGGUGGGUGCGACUGGAGAUUUCCUCUGGGCCCCAACUGCAGAAUCUGUAGAAACAGAAAAGGACCUGAACCACAAGGCCUCCAAGAUUUCAGUCUGCACACUCUGUUCUUUCGGCUGAUGCUCCCACCUUUUGGAAGCCAAGGCUGCCAACUUGGCCUCUUGCAAAACACACAUUCCACUCGUAAGUGCGUUUGUGCAUUUUUCCUCCCACACCCUUAGAAGCAGCCAAUGCAGAGCUGCCAAAGCAGCUGCUGGAGAAGCAGCUUCUCAUUUGGGGUGAAAAAGCAACUCCAAGGUUUUUACAAAACUCUUCUUUUAGGCCUUUAACAUACUACCACCAUUUUCUUGCCUCCUUAUCCAAGGUGGGAUUGUUCAAAACUGUAAUCCAUGUUCAAUUUCAUUUCUUUUUUGUCCUUUUUGUAAAUAACUUCUUCCCUUUUAUAAAGGAAGUUCAUUUAAGUGAAAAUUUUGAAAAAUUCUGAAAAAUUAAAGCAACACCUAAGCACACCACCCAGAGUCCAUGACUGCCAAGAUUUUGCAGUCUUUUAAUCCAAACUUUUCCAUCACUAUUCAAAAGCUGCUUUUAAUACUAUAUAAUAUUCCAACAUUGAUGUCUGCUAUAAUUGCUAAGACAACAGAUGUGCAUUGUUGACAAUGAGGUUUUUCUGCAAGGAUCUUAUCAAUUCUAUCUUUGCACAUAUGUUCUUAUGCUUCUAAAAGAAAAUUACUGGUGUUGUGGUAUAGCAAGUUAAGACACCUCCUGUCAUGCCAGCAUCCCAUACAGGCGCCAGUUUGAGUCGUGGCUGCUCCACUUCCCAUCCAGCUCCCUGCCAAGGCACCUGGGAAAGCAGUGGAAGAUGGCCCAGGUGCUUGGGCUCUUGCCACUCAAGUGUGAGACAGAGUUCAGGUUCCUGGCUUUGACCUGGUCCAGCUCUGACUUUUAUAGCUAUUUGGGGAGUGAACCAGCAGAUGGAAGACCUCUCUCUGUAACUCUGCCUUUCAAAUAAAUACAUCUUAAAAAAACAAAUUACUGGGUUGAGAAGCAGAAAUACUUAAGGUAUCUUUUAAUUCCAAAAAGCUUUUUAAAAGUCUGUUGGCAUUCAAGUUCUUGAUAAUUUCAUAGGUGAAGUAAAGUUUUCUAUUGUAGUGCUAAUUUUUAUUUAUUUGAAUACCCUUUAGGUUGGCAUCCAACUUCUUUUUCUAGAAGGUUUUUGGCCAAUUUUUCUUAACUGAAUUGUCCAUGUAUAUUUUGCCAUUUUUCUGUUUGGAAGUCAAAGUAGUUUUUCUGUACUGACUGAUUAGUAUCCACUUGUUCAUUAGCAGGAACCAGAGCUGGGCACUGAACCCAGGUACUGCUGUAGAGGACCAGGUGUCUUAACUUUCAGGUUAAAAUCCCUGCCCCUUAAGGUAGAUAAGCUUUUUUUUAAUAUAUAACUUUAUUUUAUUUUAUUAUUAUUAUUUUUUUUUUGACAGGCAGAGUGGACAGUGAGAGAGAGAGACAGAGAGAAAGGUCUUCCUUUGCCAUUGGUUCACCCUCCAAUGGCCGCCGCGGCCGGUGCACCACGCCAAUCCAAUGGCAGGAGCCAGGUGCUUCUCCUGGUCUCCCAUGCAGGUGCAGGGCCCAAGCACUUGGGCCAUCCUCCACUGCACUCCCUGGCCACAGCAGAGAGCUGGCCUGGAAGAGGGGCAACCGGGACAGAAUCUGGCGCCCCAACCGGGACUAGAACCUGCUGUGCCGGCGCCACUAGGUGGAGGAUUAGCCUGUUGAGCCACGGUGCCGGCCCAAGGUAGAUAAGCUUUAAAGCUUAUUUUUUUUUUUGUAAUUUCUUCUGUUUUGCCUUAAUGCUUAGAAAGUCCCAACUGACAGAGACCAAUUUAACAUUCAUUGACAAGUUUAUGCAUUUAUAAUUUUUCUCGUAUACCCUUACUUCUCACAUUUACUUUAGCAUAUACUAACAACUUUCUCCCAAAUAUUUCGUUUUCUUCAAUUUUCUAUCUUUACUUACCCAAUAAAGGAGGGUGUUCUUUUUGAGUCCAUUUAUGUUCAAUAUGUUGAAUCCAUAUUCUAUCUUAUCUUGGACUGGUACCACAUAUUUUGUAGAUAUAUAUUAAAAUGCAGUAGUAAUUUCACCAGAAACCACCCCAAAUAAGCCCAGGGUCCACGGAAGAGUCCCAUCAGCAUGAAUUACAAAACACUACAGAGUAAAAAUGUUUUUGCUGACUGCAUUAGUGCUGCUGUAUUCCAACUACGACUUUCUCAAUGCUUCUGAGGCAAGAGACUGAAUAAAGUUAGAAUACCACACAAAGAAUGUUAAAUCCAGAUGGGAGCCUUAGGACUUCAAGAUAGGAUAUGCUCAAGUCAAAGUAAAGGAAGGGGAAACUGGGCCAAACCUCUCCUUCCUAGGCAGACUAACCUUCAAACUGGAUCAAAACCCAGAGCUAGGGGCUGGUGCUGUGGUACAGUGGGUUAAGCUACAGCCGGCAUCCCAUGUUGAAACACUGGUUUGAGUUCUGGCUGCUCCACUUCUGGUCCAGCUCUGUGUUAAUGUGCUUGGGAAAGGAGAGGAUGGCUGUAGUACCUAUACCCCCUGCACCCAUGUGGCAGACCAGAAUGGAGCUCCUCACUCCUGGCUUCUGCCUGGCUGUUGCAGCCAUUUGGGAAAUGAACUAGUGGAUGGAAGAUCUCUCUCUCUCUCUCUCUCUCUGCAUUUCAAAUAAAUCUUAGAAGAAAAAAUAAAUCCUAUAGUUAAAGGGAUGAUUUUCAGAGUCAAUCCAGCCAAGUGCUUUUGCAAAUGGUUCAGACAGCAGGGAAGAGGCCAGUGCUACACUGACUCUUCUGUACUGCUCUGGACCCCAAGCACUGCCUUCAUUAUACCUUCCUUGCUAAAACAAAGUCCAUCCCACAAGUAGUUAAGGUCUUCUAACAAUAUGUGAAGAAACUGCUUGCCCCUCAUCUAAGUGAAAAUUGGAUUUUAGUCAUAGCCCAUAUAGUAUAUACUUUAUUAUAGCCAUAUAUAAUCCAUAUAGUACACAUAGUUAUAUGUAAUCCAUAUUCAAGCUGUAAGCUCCAAAUAAGUACCAGAAUCAGCAAUCUUUUUGUUACUCCUCAAACCCGUUUAUAAAGCUUUGGCUGGGCUUGAUUACUCAGAAGGGUCAAAGCACAGAGGCAGCCCAGGAGCCGAUGGGACUAAGUACAUGGUUGGAGGAACACUUUUACUUUCUAAGUGAGAAAGUCACCUCUAGAUUGCCUUUCUGACCCCACCUGAUGCUGACCUUGCUAAUACAGGGUGGGGGGAUCCAAUUCAUUUCAGAAGCCUCAGAAACCUUGACUCCCGAGUCCUUUGCAAUUGGUAGAAAAAGUACAUUCAGUUCCACGACUGGAUUCAUUAUUUUUAGGAUACCAACAUGAAGCUGGGAAUCUAGGGAGGAGGGAGUGCAUCAGAGCCUCCAUCAAAGACAUGAGUAAAAGGACUGGUCAUUAGUUUUCCUGAAUAUAAACAAUAAAUAGAAAAGAUAAUGGAAGGAAGAUUGGGAUCAUAGUAGGCCCUUGUAAUUAGGCUUCCAGAAUUUUGAGGCAGAUGGGAGUCUUGGGGAUCAUGCUAAUCUAAGACCACAUACAAACAUACCCAGCCCCUCAGAGGGGCAGUGACUUGUAGAGGUUCAUGUGUGACCAUGCCGACCCCUCUCUCCUUGUCUGUUUGCUUCAGCUAACAUCCUUUUGGAGACUCAAGAAAGUCUGUUGCUCUUCGGUGUUUUAUAAAUACUUUCUUUGAAAUCUAUGAGUAGGAGUCUCUUAAUUUGACAGAUGAGUAAAAGGCAAUUUGGAAGUUCACUAACUUGCCAAGGGUCAUUCAGCAGUGGCACCUGAAAGAUCAGGUGCCCUUUGUCAUGAUCACUGCCAGACAGAUCUAGAAGCCAUGGACUUCAGAGUACUCAAACUCACUUUUUGAUGCCCAGGGGAAUUCACAUCAGUUGUCCAAACUAUUUAGUCAGUGGCCCAAUAAGAACUGAUUUGCUUUGUUGCAUCUAAGUACUGAGAUCCUAAAAGCAGGUGUGGGGCGUCAACACACCUAUGUUGGGAGUCCAGGGAUCCUGUACCAUCUGGGCUAUUUCCCAAAGCACUCACUUGUUAUCUAGUGUGUUUGUAGAGGGUCCUUGUGGAUAAAUCUUGCCCCCAGAAUAAAGUCACUUUUUUUUUUCUGGCAGAAAUGUCAAUAAUCAAGUAAACAAAUUUAUUAAAUCCAACAGCAGAUAACCUUCCAAAUAAAACAUCAAAAGAAAAAAAUAAUGUAGACAUCAAAGACAAAAAUGUGUGUAACAAGUUAAUAAAAAUAUUCAAGGGGCCAUUUGAAGAGUGCAACAGUGCAGAGAACACAAUCAAAAGUAUUAACUUUUGUCAAGUUUGUACAGCCCCAAGAAAUAGACACGCUGGUCACAAACCAAGAGGGAUCCACAACAGUGGGGGAGGGUCACAUGAGCAGUGGACUCAUCACCUCGACAGCUUAAGGCAGGAUACCUGUAGGACCAAACCAUCCAUGCCCCAUUUGCCUAUUGCUUCAAAUUCCCCCUUUGAAACUUAGAACUAUACUCAUUAGUGCAACAGGUAAGAGCAAUUGAUCACAGACGAGAGAGCUGGGGACCAGAGUCAGAAGACACUUCCAGAGCGCAUCUAUGUGUUAGGGAAGCAGGGGGACAAAACAAACAGCUGGCUUCCUUUGGCAACAUCAAAGAUUUGUGUUGACAGCAGUGAGGAAAAAAGGUGGGUGGUAGACAAGUGAGUAUCUGAGAGCAAGCUGGGUUUCUAGCAAGGAAUGGGGAGGACAAGAUGCCCCAGCAUCUGAAGCAGAAGCAGAACCUGAUGUUUAAUGCAAGCCAUCUUGGCUUCUGCAACCAGGGCUCAAGCAUCAAUUUAUUUAUUUUCUUUGAGAAAGAAAAAAAAAAAAACACCCUGCUGGUCAUCACUGACAUGCAGUCCCAAUCCAAGUGAAACUGGAUAGAUGCCAUAGUUACGGCUUACAAUGGGAAUGAACUUGAAGGCGGUAGGUGGGCACCCCCUCUAAAUGACUCAGAAAACAUAUGGAGUGAGGACGAGCAAUGUCACAUGUCCUCAAAUGAGUCCUGGGUAACACAUUUCAAUAACUGUAAUAGUCCUUUUAUAGCCAUUUAAACAAUAUACUGCUGGAGUCCUCCAAGGAAGACCUUUGUCAGUUACCAAGAUAUUCAAGUCCACCAAGGAAGACCUUUGUCAGUUAUCACGAUAUUCAAGUCGUCAUUAACCAAACAUAACAGACAAGAAAAACUGCAAGCCACCAAAAAAAAAAAAAAAAAAAAGCCAAACCAAAAGAACAAAGAAUCCCUAGGAGCAGCUUUUGUUCAGUCCUUACCUUAAUAACAGUAUAGUUGACUCUACCUUUGGGCUUUACUACCCUGAAGAUUUCAUUUGAAAUAUGGCAAACCCAACAGUCCGAAAUAGAACCUGUUUUGUAAACCGUAAGACAAGUCUUUACCCCGGUAGCUUCUCCCUUGUAGCCUCCGGCACCAAGGACUGAAUUUUGGCAGCAGCUCCUGGGAGAUCAGUACUGUUUCAGAGACUAAUACUGUGUGGCUUAAUCCUUUCUUCCUUUCCAAGAAGGCUGGUUUAUACACCUUCCACGGGGAAGUUUAAUACUGAAAACACUGUCUUGUACAUUUUCAAUUAAUUUCCCUGGACCAUGAGGUUUGGUUGAAAUUUGGAUCUUCACUCACCUCUGGAUUUUUCUUCUUCCCUUAUCAGAAGAGUAGACAUAAGUUCCUGGACCUAACACAACAUGUGAGCACAUCUCGCAGGAUGAGGAAGAACUGCUAAGGCAAGCAGCUGAGACGAGGUGCUAUUAGAGAAGGUGGGGUUAAGAAUGAUACACUCAAAUGUGGCAAGGAUUAAGGAGAGAGCAAUUCAAUGAAGCAAGACUUCAUCUCAUACCAGCUAAUAAAUCGCUAAAGGAGCUCAAAGCCAUUUGCCAAAACCAAGUAAUUUCCCAACAUAUGUGAGUAUAUUGAGUUUAUUGUGGUUACCCUUGGAUGCUGCAUCCACAUCUGCCCCUGGUCACAUCACUCUGGAGUCACAACAUCGCUAAAGUGAGAGGUGCACUGGCUUACCCGAGGGGCACGCAUUUGGCUGCCUCCACAAAAUGACUGCUCAUUCAUUCCACAGCAAAGCUGCUUCUAGCUUGAGAGGAACGGGGCUUUUCAUUUCUCAGAAGAUUAUCUAUACACCCUACAUUCACCCCACCUUGGAUCCCUCAGUAGAAAAAUCUGCUUUGCCUGUGAUCCUGAAAACAGUUGCAUACUGACCCAAAGCUACUGAAUUCAUUGCUGAGGAAGGAAUUCAACCAGGAAGGAACCUUAAGUCCCUCCCUGACUGCUCCCUCUUCUGGUUUCUUAUUUGCAUUUUUGUAAAAAAAAUGAAAUCAUCAAAAAUAUAACCAAAAAAUAAAUAGUUCUUUUGUAGGGGAAAGAUAUGCUGAAUAGUUCAUAUUAAAAAAAAAAAAAAAAAAACCAGAACCAUCCACUAAUGCACCUAAUGCAUGGAAUGCCUUCUGGAAGGAUGAGCAGAGGAUCUCAUUUCAGAGUCGGCUGUGUUGCUCUUUUGGGCUCUUCCUUCCCAUCUGUGCUUCUGAUCUGUGAUGGAAAAGGCCUUGUCUGGCUAACAGCAGCCUGUGUUUUCCUUCGCUUAACCUCUACAAAAUCCAGAAUUAGGAAAAAUCAGGAGUGGCGAACUAGCUACAAUUAAAGAUGAUAGUCUGGGUGUGUCUACCUCCUGGGGCCCCCUGACAACAUUUUUACAAGGAUCUUGCAUCUUAUUUAGCUAGAACAAGGAUAGAAUCCUGACCUGAGACUCCUACUUCAGCUUGCCAGCAGUCCUGCUACCCUGCUGUGACUGAUCUGCCCCGCUAGGAGGGGCAACUGUCAGGACUUUUUCUAAAAUUCCAACUAUUAAUAUGUUCCCUAUGUCAGUAUCAAUUUUAGAAAACACUGGCUGCCAAAACCUGAAAUAAUUAUCUUUGUAAAGAUGGGAGGUCAGGUAGGGCUACUAGCAAAGGAACUCAAAACAUGCAAUUCUUGCCCAGGCUGAAAACCCUAAGUGUACCUGGGAGAGAGGACUGCUUACCAGAGAAAACUCUAAAUACUUAAUAGACAAACUCUCAUUACCUUAACAGCAUACAUGUUUUAAUAAGUUUUUAUUUAAAAGAUUCCCUUUUAAAUCUGUUCCAAAGUACUGGAAGCUGAACUAUACAAGUUCCUGCCACCCACCCGUCAGCACAGUUUUUUGGGGACAUUUUUUUUUAAUUGAAAAAUAACAAGAGGACCCUCUACUAAAAAUCAGUUAGGACCAGAGUCAGCUCCUCAGGCCCCUGUGGCAGUCUGGCCAGAGCUGGCCGUCUGGACCAAGUGUGUGGAGGAGCCUGGGGAACCAGGCCCCUCUUGUGAGGAAAGGGCCAAGUGAAUUCAUGCCAUCAGUGAACACGGUCCAAACGCAGAUAGGAAAGCCUCCAUUAGGACAUCCCCUGGCACUCUUAGACUUUAUACAUUGAAGGCAGCUCCCUCUUUUAUGGCCAGUUUUAGCAGGCAAAGAAAUGAAGGAAUAUAGAUACAUAUAUGUGUAUAUAUAUAUAUUUUAUAUAGGUAAAAUAUAUACAUAUUUUAUAUAUGUAUAUAUACAUAUUUGGGGGAAGGGAAGGAGAGGAGGGUCAUGUAAACCUAAACAGUCAUCACAUUACCCCAAAUGAGCCUGACAUUAACAAAAAGAAUAAAUAACUCCUGGGGGGUAAGUGACAACAUGGGUGCAGCAAGAAGGGAAAGGGCACACGUUUAGCUCUUAAAUACACUUUGAUAUCUGUUUGGCAGAGUUCAGGCCAGCCCCAGGCUUCUGCACUUGCCAGACAAGUAAGCUGAUGAUACGUAAAGAAAGGAAAAUUAAGGAGAAAAAAUAAUUCAAGCAGAGCUCCAUACCACAGUUUUCCUUCAAGUCAGCUGGCCGGCAGGCACCAUAUUCCGACCACCAGGAACAGAAACUUUGGCUCCAAAGCAAAUGAAAAAAAAAAAAAACAAAAAAACAAAAAAAGUAUUUCCACUUAACAACAUGAAAAUACAGAAACUUCAUCAACGAAAGAAAACUAUCAAAUAAGUCUACUUCCAGCAAAACUGAGGUAGCACUGCUUUCUCUGUAUUCAAUGCUUAAGUGGUUCUCAGUACAAUGUGUCCAAAAAGAAAAAGAAAAAACACUGCUCACUUGACUGACAGGUGCAGCAUGUUCAUGGAUAAAUUCAACAUGAAAUGCAGUAGGUCAAAGAAGGAAUGAGCAAGAAGUGAGGGAAAUAAGGGUUUUGGAUAAAUUAGCUUAAAAGGGAAGUUAUCACCAGACUACACAAACGCUCUUGACUGGCCUCAGCUCCCCAAGAGCUCUAAACUUGUCUGGAAAUUAAUGCAAUGUGGUUAACAGUUAACACUGCUACUCAAAAUCUGUGUAAAUCUUUAAAAAUAAUUAUUACAACCUAAAUUCAACCAUGUAAACAGCACUACACACAGUACAGACCUGCCCUGAAAAACAGUAUGCAAAACUGAGAUCUGGCACUGUAUCAUUUUGUAAUGUUAAUUCAACCGAACAGUCCCAUUCCCCCCACCCGGCUCUAUACUGGCCCCCACCAAAAAAAAAAAAAAAAUCAUCCAAUUUGUGCAAGAAA